GAAACAGAGUAUGUAACUUCGUUACAUUCACCCCAAACGAAUCCAACCCCGGGAACGACAUCCGGAUUGUAGUUCCAAAACUGGAACCGAACACCUAUAUUGUUCCGGACUCGUUUCGCCUGUCGUACGAGUUCAAGAAAGAAAACACCAAAUCCUGGUUCAUGAAUAACCUCGGUAAACUUCUGUGCGAGCGACUCAUGAUAAGGGUGGGGGGUGAGAUAGUAUACGACAAUAACGGCGAAAGCCUAAUCGAAGUCUAUAAAGAUCUCUGGAAGAUCGACUCAAAAAGAGCUAACAUGGUAGAAUAUGGAAUUAUGAACGAAAACGCAAGAAAGAUGUUAUCGAAGGAUGACACUAUCUAUCUGACCGCAAAGGAGAACGGCGAUUAUGACCUGAUAAUGGCGAAGGUAUACAAGGAGCAGAAGAUGAAACUUGGAAAAAUUCUCAACGAUCAUGGUCCAUACGCACCAUACAACAUGAAAAGCGGAUUCGAGUACACGGUAACCCUUCCAAAAGCCGACAAGAUUAUGGUUGCACAGGCAAACGAGAAGGUGGAAGGAUAUACGCUGAAAAACAAACACCUGGAAUAUGAAUCCAUAGAGAACGAAGAACUAGCCAAACGAGUAAACGAAGGAUACGAAACCGGCAGGUCCCUAUCCUACGAACACAGAACAUUGCUGAAACCGACCGUGUGGGCGAAGGAUGCCACAAGGUUCAACGAGAGCAUAGACGUUCCGAGGGAAAGCAUGAGGGCUGUGGUUUUACUUUUCAGAAAAAGAACAGUAACCGACAGCGAGGAAUACGUUUUUCCAAGAAUCGAGAAG